CAAACUGAUUUUUGGUGCACUUUUUUUUAUUCUACUAGUCUACUAUUCGUGCUCCUCACUCACUCACUGACGCGCGCACACACGCACACUUCCGGCAGGUUGCGCUAAAAGCGCGCAUCUCUGCGGACUACCCGGCCCUCCUCCGUGCGGGUGAGCCUCUCGGCAGCAGCCGUGGAGCGGUGACCGGAUCGGAGCGGCGCGCACGGCGGAUGGACCGCACGGAUCUCUGCCAUGUUUGUAACCGCGACGACCGAACGCACGAGCGGGAUGGAGCUAUAAUGGGAUGGAUUUGAAUAUGGGCAAAUGGACAGGCAUGCAAGCCCAUCACUUCGGCCUGGCUCUCCUUCUGUUGCCCCUGAUCUUCAAGCCUUCAGCCUGUAACAACCAAAACACGCAAAAAACACCUCAGGAUGGGUUCAACUUCAGCUUCACUCAAGCAGUGUACCAUGCCACAAUUUAUGAAAACUCUGCUGCACGCACCUAUGCCAACAGUAAAAUUAAAAUGGGCAUUACACUGGACAAGCGCUUCUUGGAUAUACGGUACAGAAUCAUCUCAGGAGAUGAAGAAGGUUUUUUCAAAGCAGAGGAGUAUGUACUUGGGGAUUUUUGUUUCCUGCGCAUAAGAACUAAGGGAGGCAAUUCAGCCAUCUUGAACCGAGAGAUUCAGAGUAACUAUGUAUUGACAGUGAAAGCUUUCGUCAAGGGAGAAGCCUUCCUGGAGGCCUGGACUAAAGUGAGCGUCCAGGUCUUGGAUAUGAAUGACCUUCGACCAUUGUUCUCCCCCACUACGUAUUCUGUCACCAUAGCAGAGAGCACCCCUCUCAGGACUAGCAUAGCACAAGUUACUGCCACAGACGCAGAUAUUGGCUCCAAUGGAGAGUUUUACUUUUUUUUCAAGGAGAAAGUUGAUUUAUUUGCAGUACACCCAACCAGUGGAGUGGUUUACCUCAGUGGAAAACUCAACGUCGAUGAGCAGACUCUGUAUAAUUUAGAAAUACUUGCUGUGGAUCGUGGUAUGAAGCUAUAUGGAAACAACGGAGUCAGCAGCACAGCCAAGCUUUUUGUCCAUGUAGAGCGUCUGAAUGAGCACCCCCCAGUCAUUAGUGCAGUCACCCACUAUGCUUCAAAGCUAUACAAAAGCUCUGCCUAUGCCAUCGUCAAUGUGGAAGACCCGGACGAGGGGCUAAAUGGGGAAAUUGAUUCAGUUGUCAUUGUAGAUGGGGACCCUUUAGGGCAGUUCUUUUUAGAAAAAAUUAAGGAAAAUGAGUUUGCUGUAAAAGCGACUGAACCAUUAAACUGGGAGUCUUUCCCUUUUGGAGACAACAUUACCUUACAGGCGAAAGAUAGAGGAAUCCCACCAAAGCUCUCCACUUUCCCUGUCCACAUUUUUGCAAAGAAAGAGCAAAAAGUAGAAGCUAGCUUUGAGCAGGAGCUUUAUGAAAUCGCUCUGAAUGAGGUUUCACCCCCAGGGACAAUUGUCUGCGCCGUUAAAAUCAGGCCAGAGCAUGAGAAUGUUGAGUAUAUCCUGAUGCCAUCUGUUGAUUCGGAUUUUUUUCAGAUCAAUACCCUCACUGGUGUAAUCUCCACCACCCGCUGGUUCACUAAAGUUUCCAAUAAUGCUUUUAAUCUGGAGGUAUUGGAAAUAAGCAGUGAUCUCAGAGUGAAAGUUCUGGUCACUAUCGAAGAUGCCAAUGAUAACACGCCAACAUUUUCCCAGUCCUUCUAUGAAGUUUUCGUCAAUGAAAGUGUUCCAGUUGGAAGCAAUGUUUUGACAGUUUCUGCAACAGAUGAGGACAGAGGGGAAAAUGGUUACAUAACGUACAGCAUCUCCAGCCUUCAGCCUGUGCCCUUCAAAAUCGACCAGUUUUCCGGUGUUAUCAGCACUAGCUCGCUGCUAGAUUUUGAGUCCUCUACAGAGAUGUUUGUGUUUUUGGUCAGAGCUUCUGACUGGGGGUCACCAUACAGACGAGAGAGCGAAGUGAAUGUAACAAUCCAUUUGGAAAACAUUAACGAUAACCAACCAUUAUUUGAGAAAGUAGAGUGCCAGGGGGUUAUUUCCGCAGACUUCCCAGUUGGGGAAGUGAUAACCACGGUGUCUGCCAUUGACAUAGAUGAGUUAGAGUUGGUGAAGUACAAGAUAUUAUCAGGGAAUGAGCAAAGGCUCUUUGACCUCAACCCUGAUUCAGGGGUCCUUACAUUGGACCACCCUCUUACCUCAUUUAGCUCACAGAAAGGUGUCUUUAGUUUAAAAAUAACUGCCACGGAUGGUGAACACUUUUCUGAUCAUAUGUAUGUAAAUAUCUCAGUUGUUGAAGAAAGUUCUCCCCCUAAACACUUGACUUGUAAAGACACAAGAGUGGCCCAAAAGUUAGCGGAAAAGUUACUCAGGAAGUCCAAAGCUAGUAACAAGCUAAAGGUGGAGGAAGGUUUUAUUGACCUUUUCUCUGCAAACCGCAAAACUCCCCAGUUUGACAAAACGUUUCCAACAGACAUUGCUGUGAUGGAAGACUUGAAGAUUGGCUCGAGCGUUAUAAAAGUGAACGCAUAUGAUGGAGACACUGGUUUCAAUGGUCAGGUUUUAUUCUCUAUUUCAGGUGGAAACACUGACAACUGCUUUAACAUUGACAUGCAGACUGGUGUCAUCAGUGUUUUCCUGCCCAUGGACAGAGAAAAGAGAGAUCGCUAUCUUCUCAACAUAACUAUCUAUGACAUGGGCAUCCCACAGAAAAUGGCCUGGCGUUUGCUUUCCAUCCACAUAGAGGAUGCAAAUGAUAAUGCACCCCAAUUUUUACAAGAAGAUGGAUAUAAAAUUACUAUACCCGAAAACAUGGCAAUAGGUACGGACAUCAUUCAAGUGGAGGCCACGGAUAAAGAUCUAGGACCCAACGGGGAUAUCGUGUACUCUAUUUUGACGAGCACGACACAGUUUGGCAUAAACUCCACCAGUGGGAUGGUGUAUGUUGCUGCCCAACUAGAUCGAGAGUUAACUUCCAGUUUUACCCUGAAGAUUGAAGCUCGGGACAGAGCAGACAAAGAGAGUCCCAAGUUUUCUGUAAACACUUUAGAAAUCACGUUGGAAGAUGUAAACGACUGUCCACCUCUAUUUAUUCCAAGUGUGUACAAAGCCAGGGCUCUGGAGGAUCUCCCCGUAGGAACUGUCAUCGCCUGGCUAGAAACCCACGAUCCAGAUCUGGGCUUAGGAGGCCAAGUUCGCUACUCUCUAGUUAAUGACCACAAUGGCUGGUUUGAACUAGAUAAAGCCAGUGGAGCCAUUCGUCUCACAAAGGAACUGGACUAUGAGACCCAGCAAUUCUACAACCUGACUGUGAAGGCCAAGGACAAGGGAAGGCCUGUGUCUCUUCUGUCUGUCACCUUUGUGGAGUUGGAGGUGAUAGAUGUCAACGAAAACCUCUAUGCUCCAUAUUUUACCCACUUUGCAUUAACAGGAGUAGUUAAAGAAAACGCUCGUAUUGGAACUACUUUACUUCAAGUCAGUGCUAAUGAUGACGACACAGGAAGAGAUGGAGAAAUUCAUUACUCCAUUCGGGAUGGAAGCGGCCUUGGACGAUUUUCCAUUGAUGAAGAAACAGGGGUGAUCUACACCACCGACAUGUUAGACCGUGAAACCAAGGACUCUUAUUGGCUCACGGUGUAUGCCAGUGACCGUGGCGUGGUUCCUCAAUUCACGACCAUCGACGUAUUCGUCCAAGUGGAGGAUGUCAACGACAAUGCACCGCUGACAUCAGAGCCGCUUUACCGACCGUCCGUGCUCGAGAACUCUCCGCCAGACGUGUCUGUAAUCCAGAUCCAGGCCCAGGACCCUGACACCUCCCCCUCCACCUCUAUUCACUGGCUCAGCUACCACAUCGUCAGUGGAAAUCCUCAGCAUUUCUUCAACAUGGACCCCCACACUGGUCUGAUCACCACAACCUCCCAUAAACUGGACCGUGAGCUACAAUCAGAGCAUGUUCUGGAGGUUGUUAUCUCAGACGGUGGUCCCAGCCCAAGGCAGAGUAGUGUGCUGGUGAUGGUUCAGGUUCUCGAUGAAAAUGACAACAAGCCCACGUUUCACGAGAAGGUCUACAAGGUCAAACUUCCAGAGAGGGAGCGCAGAAAGAAGGCGGAGCCUAUCUACCGCGUGUUUGCGUAUGAUCUGGACGAGGGGCCCAACAGUGACAUCUCCUACAGCAUUGUUGAUGGAAACGAGGACGGGAAGUUUGUCAUCGACCCAAAGACGGGAACAGUACUGUCCCGCAAGGCCUGCCCCGCUGGUGGCUACGACAUCUUGACGAUUAGAGCGACAGACAACGGCCGUCCUCAGAAGUCCUCCUCUGCUCGUCUGCACAUCGAGUGGAUCCCUCAGCCUCCCGCGUCCACUCAGCCGCUGGUCUUCAGCGAAUCCUUCUAUAACUUCACCGUCAUGGAGAACGACAGGGUGGCAGAAAUAGUGGGCGUGGUGUCUCUGCAGUGGAACUUGGCUCCUGUGUGGUUUGACAUCAGAGGUUCCAGGUCUUUCCGUGAGAUGUUCUGUAUUCUGCAGAGCUCUUCUUGUGUCAGCAACUGUUCCUCUGAAGGUGGAAACAGCAACAGCGUGUUUGAUGUGGACAAGGCAGUGGGAACCAUCCUGAUCGCCAAACCUCUGGAUGCUGAACAACGUUCCUUCUACAACCUCACUGUGAUGGCCACCGAUGGGACUCACACUGCAUACGCACAGGUUCACAUCCUUGUUCUGGACAACAAUGACAAUGAUCCCGUCUUCUCCCAACAAGCCUAUGAGGUCACAAUCUCUGAAGAUACACCCACUGACACUGAAGUUCUGCAGAUACUGGCCUCAGAUCGCGACGAGCACAAUGAGCUCACCUAUUCUCUUCAAAGCUCCAUCGACCCCAACAGUAUGCGUCUGUUCCGCAUCCACCCCACUCUGGGUACCAUCUUCACUGCUCAGAGACUGGACCAUGAGGCCUGUGCCCAGCAUAUUCUCACUGUCCUUGUGAAAGACCAGGACUUUCCUUACAGGAAGAACCUAGCCCGUGUUCUAAUAGAAGUGGAGGACAUAAAUGAUCAUGUACCCAUUUUUACCAGUGCUCUGUAUGAAGGCUCAGUCUAUGAGUCAGCAGCAGAAGGCUCAGCAGUAGUUCAGGUCACUGCCCUGGACAAGGACAAAGGCAAAAACGCUGAGUUACGCUAUUCCAUUGAGGCAGGGAACACUGGAAACACAUUCCGCAUUGAGCCUGUCUUGGGUAUCAUCAGUGUUGCACAUAACUUGGACUUGACCAAUAUAGGCCACUAUGUUGUGACUGUCAGAGUUACCGACAGUGGUGUCCCUCCAUUGUCCACAAACACAGUAGUGCGUAUUGCAGUCACUCUAUCUGACAACGCCGGUCCAAAGUUUCCUCAACCAGAGUACCAGACAGAGGUCUCAGAGAAUGCCCUGGUUGGAACGUCCAUCACCACUGUCAGCGCUUUUAGUCAGUCCACGCUUAUUUACGACAUCAAGCAGGGCAAUGCUGAACACGUUUUUCAGAUAAAUCAGUAUAGUGGAGUCAUCACUAAUCAGAAGCCUCUUGACUAUGAGACCACAGAGUCUUACACCUUGAUAGUUCAAGCUGUAAAUAUGGCUGGUAUGGCAUCCAAUGCUACUUUAUUAAUACAGAUACUGGAUGAAAAUGAUAAUCCUCCAGUGUUCCUGCAGCAUCACUACUAUGGCAGCAUCAGUGAAGUGGCACCAGUCAAAAGUGUGGUCCUAAACUUGCAUGGCUUACCUCUUGUGAUCAGAGCCACUGAUCCUGACUACAACCAAAACGCUUUGCUGGUCUAUGAGAUUGUUGAGGACACCGCAAAGAAAGUCUUCACAGUGGACUCUGGGACGGGAUCCAUUAGAACCAUUGCUAAUCUAGAUCAUGAAACAUUCCCCAUCUUCAACUUCCAUGUUCAAGUGAGGGACAGUGGCAGGCCGCAACUGACAGCAGACAGUCCAACUGAGGUCACCAUACAAGUGAUUGACUCAAAUGAUUCACCACCUCACUUCACCCAAAGUGCCUAUGAAGCCGUGCUACUUCUCCCCACCUAUGUUGGGGUUGAAGCUUUGCAAGUGUCAGCCAUAGACCCUGACAAGGAUGUAGCCACAGAGCUCACUUUCUCUCUGGUGGAUGGAUCACUGGAACAUUUUGACAUCAAUCCUACCAGUGGAAUUAUUGUCGUCAAAAACAUCAACUUCUCCAAAGAGUUUUUUCGUUUCACUGUCAAAGUUUCUGAUGGAAAAUUCUCCAGUUCUGCUUUGGUUACUUUAUUGGUUCAAGAAGCCCUUGACUCUGGCCUCAGUUUCACUCACAGCAUUUACUACUCCUCUAUUAAAGAAAAUCUACCAAAUAUCACUAAAGUUGCUGUUGUCAGUGCUGUGGGGAACCAACUCAAUGAGCCAUUAAAGUACAGCCUGCUAAAUGCUGGUACACGUUUUAGAAUUCGUCCAACCUCUGGGGUCAUUCAAACCACAGGAAUACCUUUUGACCGUGAAGAACAAGAGUUUUAUGAACUGAUAGCAGAAGCAAGAAGGGAACAUGAUCAUCGGCAUGUGGCUAGAGUUGUAGUAAAAGUUCAAGUUGAAGACAUAAAUGACAAUUUUCCUGUUUUUGUUGGACUUCCGUACUACGCAGUUGUUCAAGUGGAUGCUGAACAAGGAUCACAUAUAUUCACCGUCAUUGCAGUGGAUGGGGACAAAGGUGUUAAUGGAGAAGUGACUUAUCAUCUAAAGUAUGACCAUGAUCACUUUGAGAUUAACCAGAAGACUGGAAUAAUCAGCCUUAAAAAGUCUUUUGAAUCAGAUUUGUCUAAUGCAGAGUACCAGAUUGUGAUAUAUGCCAAAGAUGGGGGAGAUAAACCUCUCUCAUCUACAAUAGAGUUUCCUAUCACUGUGGUCAACAAAGCUAUGCCUGUAUUUGACAAAUCAUUUUAUUCUGUUUAUGUGAAUGAGGAUGUGGAAGUUUAUACGCCAAUCAUCAGCAUUAAUUCAACCAGUCCUGAAGGUCAGAAGAUCAUAUACACUAUAGUUGAUGGUGAUCCAUUUCUUCAGUUUGAUGUAGGGUUUGACACAGGAGUCAUCAGUGUCAUCCACUGUCUGGACUAUGAAGAAACAUCAUCGUACCAUCUUACUGUUAGAGCCACAGACUACUUGACUGGUGCCCAUGCUGAGGUUGAUGUAGGUGUCUUUGUUCAGGACAUAAACGAUAACCCUCCUGUAUUUCAGAGGACGUCUUACAGUGUUAUUCUAUCAGAAACAGCCAUGAUUGGUACUCCUGUUCUUCAAGUUGUUGCCACUGACCAAGAUUCAGAAAAGAACAAUAUCAUUCGUUAUCAGAUAUUUUCUCAACUGCACAACAGCACAGACUACUUUCACAUAGAUAGUAGCAGUGGAUUAAUUCUGACAGCUCGGAUGCUUGACCAUGAACUAGCCCAUAAUUAUUAUUUUAUCGUGAGAGCCACUGAUAACGGUUAUCCAGCACUAAGUAGUGAAGUAAUGGUGACCGUUACAUUGAAUGACAUGAAUGACAAUGCACCAGUUUUCAACCAGCUGCUCUAUGAGGCUUAUGUGAGUGAGUUAGCACCCAGGGGUCACUUUAUAACUUGUGUCCAAGCUUCUGAUGCUGACAGUUCAGAUUUUGAUAAGUUGGAGUAUAGUAUUUUGUCAGGAAAUGAGAGAAUGCAUUUUGUGUUAGAAAAAAGUACGGGAAUCAUUGCUUUGUCGACCCAUCGAAAGCAGAGAAUGGACGCAAGCUAUAACCUCAAUGUUUCAGUCUCCGAUGGGGUCUUCACAAGUACUGCUCAGGUUCAUAUUAAAGUGUUGGGAGCCAACCUGCACAGUCCAGUGUUUGAACGGAGUGUGUACGAGGCAGAAUUGAGAGAGAAUGCUGCUGUAGGAACUACAGUGAUUCAGGUAAAGGCAGCUGACGCAGACCAGGAACCAUUUGGCCACAUUACUUAUUCCUUUGCUAAUGAUGUUGGGAGUGACCAGUUUAGUAUCGAUUCAAAUGGGUAUAUCUGCACAGUGGAAAAGCUUGAUCGGGAGGAUGCAGCAAACAGCGACAUUCUUCUUACUGUGGCAGCUCAAGAUUUGGGUGGACGUGUGUCUUAUUGCACAGUGCAGAUUACUAUUUUAGAUGACAAUGACAAUCCCCCUUGCUUUGUUGCCACAGAAUACCAAGCGUCUCUAAAGCAUGAUGUGACUAAAGGGUUUUUGGUGACACAGAUACAGGCUCAUGAUCCAGAUGAUGGCAGCAAUGCAAAGGUGACAUAUUCACUAUACAGUGAAGCUCAUGUCCCUGUCGUGGACAUUUUGGAAAUAGAUCCGGACAAUGGUUGGAUGGUGACCAAAGGCAGCUUCAGCCACUUAAGGAACUCUGUGCUAUCGUUUUUUGUUAAAGCUGUUGAUGGAGGAAUUCCAGCUCGACAUUCUCUAGUUCCUGUCUACAUCCAUGUUCUCUCUUCUGAGGCUUUCAUUCCCUUUUUCAGUCAGCAGCAUUACUCGUUCAACAUACCAGAGAACACACCCAUUGGUUCAGUCAUAGGAACAGUUCGCCUUAGCAUUCCUUCUGAAUAUUCUUCACUGACUGCUACCUUUGCCACAGCCAACGGAGAAAGUGGUGAAAACAAUCGAGAGAUGGUCUUUUUGGUGGAGAAAGACACAGGAGUGAUAAAACUUGAUAAAGCCUUGGACCAUGAAGCAAUUAAAGAGUUUUACUUCAAAGUCACUGCCACAGUAAAGCAGGCAAAGCUGGAUUCUAUGACUUCUGCAGAUGUUAAAGUCACUGUUCUGGACAUUAAUGACAACAGACCAGCUUUUGAGACAAACUCUUAUGUUGCCACUGUUAUGGAAGGAACUGCGGUUGGAACCAAAGUCAUUCGAGUUCAAGCAUCAGACCCAGACUCUGGAGCCAACGGCCAAGUGACAUACAGACUUGGAUCAUUAAUUAAAUCAAAAGGGAAUUCCGAGCCAUUAUCUGACACAUUUAACAUCGACGGUAACAGUGGUUGGAUCUUCAUAAGAACGGACCUCGACCACGAGACCAGUCCAUUGUAUACCUUCACAGUGGUGGCCUUAGAUCAUGGGGAGGUCCUGUCUCUUUCCAGUACCACUACAGUGACAGUCACAGUGUCGGAUGUCAAUGACAAUGCCCCCAUGUUCACGGAGACCCACUACUUUGGCACAGUUCGAGAAAGUGACCCUCCUGGUGAGGUGGUGGCUGUACUAAACACAAGGGAUGAGGACAGCUCCGUUGUUAAUCAACACAUCAGCAUCCACAUCACUGGUGGGAAUGAUCGUGGCGUGUUUGCGCUCCGUCUAGUUCAGGGGGAAUGGAAGAUGUAUGUAAAGGGUCCACUUGAUCGGGAGAAACGCAGCUUCUAUUUAAUCAACAUCACUGCCACAGAUGGACUUUUUGUUUCCCAAGCCAAAGUGGAGGUGACAGUGAUGGAUGCCAACGACAACAGUCCUGUUUGUGAUCAGGCUGUGUACACUGCCAGUAUUCCAGAGGAUCUUCCAGUGAACAGUUUGCUGCUAACUGUUGGAGCAACAGAUGCAGAUGUGGGAGUGAAUGCUCAGAUCCAAUACUCCCUUCAUGGUUCUCAGUCACAGGACUUCAGCAUAGACCCAGACACUGGUGAGAUGAAAUCUUCGGUGACCUUGGACCACGAGAAGACACCCAGUUACAGGCUGAUUGUGCAGGCCACAGACGGUGGUGGGCAGUGGUGUAGUGCUGAGAUCCAGCUGGUGGUGACGGAUGUGAAUGACAACCCCCCUAUUUUUACUAUGCCACAGUAUACUGCCAAUGUAUACGAGAAUACCAUCCCCAAGGCACUGCUCACUCGCAUUCAGGCCAUAGACCCUGAUGAAGCAGGUCCAGGUCGGAUGGUGAUGUAUUCACUGACAGACUCGGCAGGAGGCCUUUUCUCCAUUGACCAGGUCUCCGGAGUCGUCAUCCUGGAACACACUUUGGACCGUGAAGUUCAGCCAGUCUAUCAGAUAACAGUUUGUGCAUCAGAUCAGGGCUCCCCGCUGCCUCUUUACUCUCUGGUCAACGUGACAAUAACGGUGCUAGACAUCAAUGACAAUCCUCCCAUAUUUGAACAUCGAGACCAACUGACGACAGUGCCAGAAGAUGUGAGAGUCGGUACGGAGGUUCUGAGAGUGUACGCCACCAGCAAAGACAUUGGGACGAACGCUGAGAUCACCUACACUAUACGAUCGGGCAACGAGCACAGGAGGUUUCAUGUCCAUCCUCAUUCAGGAGCCAUCAUAGUCGCUCAGCCUCUGGACUAUGAGACCUGCAGGGACCACUUCCUGACAGUGGAGGCUCGUGACGGGGGCACGCCCCCCCUGAGUGCUGUUACAACAGUUAACAUCAAUCUGACAGACGUGAACGACAACGCGCCCACGUUUAGCCGUGACCUGUACACCGCACUGGUGUCAGAGGACGCUUUUGUCGGCGAGUUUGUUGUGCAGCUGGUGGCGGAGGACAGUGACAGUCACCUGAACGGAGCCGUUCUGUACUCCAUAGUCAGUGGAGACCAAGGCAGCCAAUUCUUCAUUGAUCCAAUAAAUGGUGUCAUCAAAGUCAACAAGCCCCUGGAUCGUGAGACAAUUCCCAGCUUCUCACUGACCAUCAGAGCUCUGGACAGUGGAAUUCCACCGAUGUCCUCCACCACGUUGGUCAACAUCGACAUCUCUGAUGUGAACGAUAAUCCGCCUACUUUCUCCUCAGCCAACCUCACCGCCGUCAUACAGGAAAACAAGCCGAUUGGCACCACCAUCCUGCAGCUGUCCGUCAUCGAUCGGGACUCGUCUCGGAACGGCCCGCCGUUUUCCUUCCAAAUCCUGUCCGGAAACGAAGGCAGAGAGUUUGUGUUGAAGGAAGAUGGAACUCUUACUGCCAACCAGGUGUUUAGAAGAGAGUUUGCAAAAGAAUAUGUCAUUCAGAUACAGGUGUCAGACUCCGGAAAGCCCAGCUUGUCUUCCUCCACGAUGCUGACGGUUGCGGUGAUCGAGGAGAGUCUCAGCCGGCCUGUGGCGCUACCAUUGGAGAUCCACGUGGUGACGAUGGAGGACGAGUUUCCCGGCGGUGUUAUCGGUCAGCUCCACGCCACCGACGCCGACCCCUACGACGCUUUGACGUUCGGACACGCCCCUCGAGCCCAGCACGGCCUGUUUAAAAUCAGCCCCCACGAUGGGAGGAUCAUUGCUCUGGGGGGGUUGGAUGCUGGCAGUUACUCACUCAAUGUGACUGUAAGCGACGGGCGUUUCGUCGUGCCCGUCUCUGCGAGUGUGCACGUGAAGCAGGUCACGCCCGAGAUGCUGCACGACGCGGUGACGGUGCGCUUCGAGAGCAUCACGCCGUCCGACUUUGUGGCGUUGCACCUGAAGGGAAUGUUGAAGAUCCUGCGGGACGCCGCCACCUCACAGCCCCAGGACGCCCUGCACCUCCUGAGUCUGCAGCCGGUGGGCGGGACCCAGCAGCUGGACAUGCUGGUUGCCGUGGAGACGGCGGCAGGCGGAUAUUACAAGGCGGCUUACCUGACGCAGAAGCUCAGCACGUCUCGGCAGAAGCUGGAGGAGGUGCUCCGGGUGUCAGCCAUCCUGGACAAGAACUGCUCCGGGCUGGAGUGUCGGGACGCGCAGUGUGAGCAGAGCAUCAGUCUGGACUCGCACAACCUGCAGACCUACAGCACCCCACGCCUCAGCUUUGUGUCACCGCACUUCCACCGGAGCUUACGCUGCAUGUGUGAGGACGCCAGCUGUGCCGCUCAGUCAGAGCAGUGUGAGGACCACCUGUGUCCCGCCGACAUGCACUGUGUUUCAGUGGAAGCCACCAGAGGGCGCUAUGCCUGCCAAUGUCCGUCGGGCAAACUGGGAGACUGUGCAGGCCACUCCUCUCUGAGCUUCUCAGGUAACAGCUACAUAAAGUACAGACUGUCGGACCUGCUGCAGACGGAGCUGAAGCUUUCCUUAAGGAUCCGGACGCUUCAGAGCCAAGGAAUCAUCAUGUCCAUGCACACUGAGCACUGCAUCCUUCUGAAGCUGGUGGAGGGGAAGUUGUGGUUCCAGCUGGCCUGUGGUCUCGGGGCUGGCGGUUCCAGUCCGGACACGCUGGGCCUCUCUGGUCAUCGCAUCAAUGAUGGAAAUUGGCACACAGUGGCGCUGGAGAUGAAUCGCAACUUCAGCCGCCUUGCACUGGACAACAGUUUUAUUGAGCAGCGGCACGCACCAUCUCUGAUGCAAACACAUUUUCAGGAGAGAACAAUCUACCUGGGAGCGCUGGUGCAGCCGUCAAACUCCCGCAGCCUCGUGGACUCCCAGAGGGACCUGCGGGUCCAUGAUGGUUUCCAGGGCUGCCUGGACUUGGUCACGCUCAACAACAAUGAGCUGCCUCUGCAGAGCAAGCGCUCGCUGUACGCCGAGGUGGUGGAGCUGACGGAGCUGAAGCUGGGCUGUGUCCUCUAUCCUGACCCGUGUCUGCAUCAGCCCUGUCACAAUGGAGCCACAUGCAACAGUCUGCCAUCUGGUGGCUUUUCCUGCAGCUGUAGUCACCAGUUCACUGGUGGAAACUGUGAGAUGAAGAAGACCGUGUGCGUCCCCAACCCCUGUCAGAACAGUGGAGUGUGCAAACCCAUCGGGAACGCGUUCCUCUGCAGCUGCAGGAGAGGCUUCAGGGGCCUGGUGUGUGAGGAAGACGUGAACGAAUGUGACCGCAACAACCCCGAGGGGGAGUGUGAGAACGGAGGAAUCUGCGUCAACACCCCCGGCUCCUUCUACUGCAACUGCACCCCCGGGUUCGUGGGCCAGCGCUGCAGCCUGCGGCCCGUCGUCGUCCCCGACAUGCAGGCCGGACACGCCGUGGUUGGCAAGGAGGAGCUGAUCGGCAUCACCGUGGUGCUGUUUGUCAUCAUCGUCUUCGUCAUCCUCUUCAUCGCUUUCCGCAAGAAGGUUUUCCAGAAGAACUACUCGAGGAGCAACCUGUCCCUGGUCCAGGACCCGGCCACCGCCGCCCUGCUCAACAAGGCCAGCUGUGUCCAGUUCAAGAGUCUCCACUGCACGCCGGGAGACAGCAUCAACCUGUACUCCGAGCCAACCAUAGAACCAACUCUAAUGGGAGGGGUCGGGGUUAUUGGCCCCCCACAGAUUCCUGUGAGACCUAUGGGGUACACACCCUGCUUCCAAGGAGAUCCGCUGUCCAAGCUGGAGAGGAUGUCUGAGGAGCAUUUCCGGGAACAUCUGGAGAUGAGCAGCUUCCAGCAGGAGUCUCCCAAAAUCCUCUCUGGAACCAACAAGAGGGGGGUGGUGGUGUGCAGUGUGGCCCCCAACCUCCCCCCAGUGUCUCCGUGUCGCUCAGACUGUGACUCCAUUCAUAAGAGCUCUGUGGCGAGCGAUGAAGGUAAGAUGACGGACAUGGCGGAAGAAGAGACGUGUUUCUCAGGCAGCAAUAAAGGCCAGAGCUCUGAAGCCCAGUCGCUGAGCUCCUUUCAGUCGGACUCCUGCGAUGACAAUGCAUCCAUUGUGACCGUCAUUCGACUGGUCAAUGAUGCAGUCAACUCAAUCGAAAGUGAAGUGUCAGUUAUGAAUCAAGAUGAAAUCUACAACAGAGCAUAUCACUGGGACACGUCUGACUGGAUGCCAAACACAAGAUUGUCAGACAUCGAAGAAGACCAAAACUACGAGGUGGGUCCUGGCGGCGGUCCAGUAGCUUUGUCUCCUUGCCUUGAAGGAGGAACUCAUGAACUGGAAUCGGACUACUACCUGGGAGGUUAUGACAUCGACAGCGACUACCCCCCUCCUCAUGAAGAAGAGUUCUUAUGCCAAGAACAAAUGCCCCCUCCACUGCCCACUGGGGAGGAUUACCCUGAGCCCUACACACCCCUGCUGGCCAGUCAACCUGCCUCCAAGGAGACUGCACUGAGCUCCAGUAGCACAAGGCAUCAGACUGCGAGGCCGCACUUCCACCCCAGUCAGUACCUGCCCUCCCACCAGCUACCCACUGGAGAAGCCCCCCACAGCGACUUAAGCCCUACAGUCAGUGCAGGAACCCCAGUAAACGGGGACAGCGCAGACUCUUUGUGGAAAAACCCUCACCUGUCAGCUGGAACUUCCUCAGCCUCGGACAUAUCUGGUCCGUGCGGCUUGGACUCGGAACGUGGCAGCGUCGGAAGCGUGGAGGAACUUCGCCGGGGGGUGACCAUUACCACUGACUCACAGCAACAGACAGAAGUAUGACUGCCUCAGUUCAGCUACCACCUUUUCUCUGCACCAGUGGAUCCAAAUAGAAGCAAUGGCUGAAGGUUUUCAGGCCACAAAUGUUUGGUGUUUCAGAGAUCUUCGUCCAAUGACUUUUUGUCCUGCAUGUGUUGGAAAGGUUUACACUGCUACAAACAUCCAGUUUAUUGUUGUCAACCGUGGCCUCUCUGCAGACAAAAUCUGCAAUCUUUUGACUCUGAUUUACUUCUAAGACUUUGAUAACCAAUGAGAGACCAAUUCAAAAGAGACUCAUUUAUUUAUUGAUCCAGUGCAGAUGAAGAUAAAAAUGGAUCACAGAGUCCGAUUGUGGCGACCUCUUUUUGUGGUUAAAGGAGGAUUUCCUUCGAGAAUACCCCAAAAAAGUAUAAAUUAACAUGUUCUUUGUCUAUUUAAUAAUGCUCCUCUCUAUUCUUUGGUAAAACUUUUCUUUUUCACCACCUGUUAAAACGUGGAAUGUAAUGUGGGGGGAGGGGUCCUGACAUUACACUGCCAGCUUCCUAAAACGAUGCCAAUGAAGUGUAAUACAGAAGUGUCAUCCGUUUUCAAGGAUGUGAAGGAAAACAGAGUUACGGCAGUGUGGAUGUUUGCUCAGCAUUUACCCGACAGAGACUAUUAGUGGGAUUUCUGAUCUACCUUAAGAAAAUGACUUUCGGGCCUAUUUGUUUGUUUUUGUCCAUUAAGUUUUAGUCAUCUCACUGGAAGCUCAUCAUGCUUUUAAAUCCAAAUUUUUACAGGCAUUAGCUAAAGUUUUGUUUUUUACUCAUUCUCUUGAAUAUCCUCUUGUUCACUCAAUGUUUGGCAAAAUGACUGAACCACAGUGACGAUUUACAACCUUCCUAAAAUUCCAAUUGAUUCAAACACUUUUUAGAAUCAAGGAAUUUGAGUGAUUAGACUUUUUUUUACCUGCGAUAACUUGAAUUGUUUCUUUUUUUAUGUGUAGCAUCCUUAUCAUGCUUGUGUUAAGGCAGAAUAAGGUAAGGAAGGACAUCAAUGUUUUUUUUUUUUUUAAUUUGGACAGAUACUACAUCCCGGACAAGCCCCCAGCCCUCUGUAAAUAAUGUUUAUUUGGUUUUAACCAUUUGUAGAAUCUCAAAUGCUUGUUAUUAAAAUGAUCGUUUUGUAAAUAUGAAAUUGCGAUCCAUAAACGUUUAUUUUUACUUUGAUGUGACUCUGGGGAGUACGGAGAAUUCCUGCAUUAUUUCUUUUCUGCAUUUUACUUUGAUUACAGUUGUUUCUAGGCUUUUCUUAUUGGCAUUUCAGCCUUUUAAGAAAAAUGUGCACAAAAUGAAACCCUGACAUCCCAGCCGUUACUUGAUUUUGCUAAAUCACAAUGAAGGCAAUGAGAACUGCUUUGAACCUUCUCUCCAACUUGAAUGUUUUUCCUCUGGAUUUUUUCAAAGACAGGCAGUGUGAACUAAACUGCACUAAUCUAAAGAAGUUGAAGAUGAUACAGUUUCACAUUUUUGUACUUCGUGUUUACAAAGUAGCUCUGUGUAUUACAUGACACUUCUGUAUUCUAAUAAAACAAGAGAAAAGAACUUUG